UUAGAUUAUUUUUUUUCGCUGACAGUAAAAUCGAAAUCUCCAAUCUUAAUUGAAAAAAACAAUAAAAUAUUCCAACUUCAGAUUCAAAUUUUUAAAACUUCACUCCCAAUUCCACUAAGAACCAUCCUGUAACCUUCUUCUUCAUCAUCAUCAUCAUCUUCUUCUUCUUCUUCUUCAUCUUCAUCCUUCCUCUGUUCUUUUAUAUAUUAAGUUUUGUUCUUCUUUCUUAGAUUCAAACCUCCAUUUCUAUCUCUGAAUUUAAACAAGGAAAGUGAAUUUAUGGAAGUUUUGUUUCUUCCUUUUCUAUAUACCAAUUCACCACUCUGCUUUUAAUGCUCUACUCUCUCUCUCUCUCUCUCUCAUCAUCAUCAUCCUUUACAAAUUCGAAUCCUCUGUUCUGUCAAUUCUCACUUCCUCUCUCUGAAUUUUGAAUUCUCUGUUCUUCGAUUAUGGCGUCGGCGUCCACUGAUUCUUCUAAUUGGACUCUCAUAUCGAAGCCUCCGCUUGAAAAACCUAAGUCCUUCAUGCUCAAGGAUUAUCUUCUUGACGAUUUGAGCUCUUGCUCCUCCAAUGGCUUCCGAUCAUUUCCUCGCCGCCAAUGCUGCACCACAACCGUCCGAUUUCUCCUCGAAAUCGAUCUCAAAGUGAAAGAUACUUCCCUAACUAAAAGAUUCCUUCCUCGAACAACCUCCAGAAAAAUCGCUCUCUCCACUAUCUCCACUUUGCAAAGAGCUUCCGACGCUGUUCUCAGAGCCUUCAAGCAAUUUCCAUUACCUUCUUCACGUAAGUCGUUUUUGCCGAGGAGUAUUUCGCGGAAAUUGAUUUCGAAAGCGUUCUGGAAGAAAUCGGAAAUCGUCGAUCCAAAUACUAGACGGUGGAAAUCGUUUAAGGAAUUUCUUGAUGAGAAAGAACCGCCGUCAUCUGACUUGAAUCGCUCCGAUUCUGCCGUCUGUACCGCCAUUGCCGUCGCUGGAAGAAACUCGACCAGUAGUUGCAGUAAUAGUAUCAGUUGGACGGAGAGUGAAUUUACAUCGGAGAUGAUUCCGUCGUCUUCGAGCGGUAAUUCCGAGAGUUGCAGCGAAAACGACGCCGUUAAGGACGAUAAGGAUUCACCUGGUAAUCUCAUUGGCAAAAGAGAUGGCGUAUCGUUCGGAAAAGAUUCCAUGGAGGACACAACUACCGCUCCGGCCGCCGCCGCCGCCGCCACCACCGGUUACCGGAAAGAUAUCGUUAAGCAAUGGCAAAAUGAUGAAGAAAAGGAACAAUUAAGUCCAGUUUCAGUGUUGGAUUUUCCUUUCGAAGAUGAAGAUCAAGACAUUUCCUCAUCUUUCAACUGCAACAUCAAUCUUGUCGAAGGCAAGAAGCAAAAACAUAGAGAGAAGAGUAAGCGAUUGGAGAAGGGAAUGGAAUUAGAGCCUGUAGACUUAAAGAAACGAUUCACAGACAUAAGUGUUAUUGGUCAACAUUUCACUUUAAUAACUAAAAAGGAACACCAAAUGGAAGAAAAGGCUUUCGAGUUCCUAAAGCUUCUGAAAUCCACAACCAAAUCAACAGAGAAUCUGCUUCUCGAUUUCUUCCACCAGAAACUCGAAGAACACGAAGCAACUGCAACUAAUUCAGAUUUUGAUCAAGCACACCUUUUGAAAUUCACCCAAAAUUGGAUCGAUGGAGACGCCGGAGAUAUGAUGGUAAUGGGAUGGGAGUCGCCGGAGGAACGGAUUUUUUACAUUAAAGAUAUGGAAGUCGCCGGAAAAUGGACAAGUUUCGCCGGAGAAAAGGAGGAGUUAGUGGCGGAGUUUGAAGCUGAGGUUUGGAUCUCUUUGUUUAAUGAUCUUUUAAUUGACCUCUCCUUAUAGCUUCUUUUAAUUUUUUAGACAAAAACAAAUGUAGCUAAUUAACACCGAAAUCGGUUUUGGGAAAAUUUCUAGUACUACUGUUGUAUUAUUUGAUAGCGUGUCAAAUUAGAAAGGAUAGUACUCGAAAUUUUCCUAUAAAUUGUAUUUCAUAAAUCUCUAUGAAAUUUCAAUUUGUUUUUUCAUUAUUA